CGGAGCGAGGCCGCCGCGGCGGCGGGAGGUGGGGCGAGGCAAGGCUUGCUGAGGCGAGGCGGCGGCCGGGCCGGACCGGGCCACAGGCUGUGGUGGCGGGACCAUGGAGGCGGCGGCCGCUGCUCCGCGUCCCCGGCUGCUCCUCCUCGUGCUGGCGGCGGCGGCGACGGUGGUCCCGGGGACGACGGCAUUACAGUGUUUUUGCCACCUUUGUACAAAAGACAAUUUUACUUGUGUGACAGAUGGGCUCUGCUUUGUCUCUGUCACAGAGACCACCGACAAAGUUAUACACAAUAGCAUGUGUAUAGCUGAAAUUGACCUAAUUCCUCGAGACAGACCAUUUGUAUGUGCACCGUCUUCAAAAACUGGGUCUGUUACUACAACCUAUUGCUGCAACCAGGACCAUUGCAAUAAAAUAGAACUCCCAACUGUUGGCCCUUUUUCAGGAAAGCCAUCAUCUGGCCUUGGUCCCGUUGAACUGGCAGCUGUCAUUGCUGGACCAGUCUGCUUCGUCUGCAUCUCACUCAUGUUGAUGGUUUAUAUCUGCCAUAACCGUACUGUGAUUCACCAUCGAGUGCCAAAUGAAGAGGAUCCUUCCUUAGAUCGCCCUUUUAUUUCGGAGGGCACCACAUUAAAAGAUUUAAUUUAUGAUAUGACGACAUCGGGUUCUGGAUCAGGUUUACCAUUGCUUGUUCAGAGAACAAUUGCAAGAACUAUUGUGUUACAAGAAAGUAUUGGCAAAGGUCGAUUUGGGGAAGUUUGGCGGGGAAAGUGGAGAGGAGAAGAAGUUGCUGUUAAAAUAUUUUCCUCUAGAGAAGAGCGCUCAUGGUUCCGUGAGGCAGAGAUUUAUCAGACCGUAAUGUUACGUCAUGAAAACAUCCUGGGAUUUAUAGCAGCAGACAAUAAAGACAAUGGUACAUGGACUCAGCUCUGGUUGGUGUCAGAUUAUCAUGAGCAUGGAUCCCUUUUUGAUUAUUUGAACAGAUAUACAGUUACUGUGGAAGGAAUGAUAAAACUUGCCUUGUCCACAGCAAGCGGACUUGCCCAUCUCCACAUGGAGAUUGUUGGUACCCAAGGGAAACCAGCCAUUGCUCAUAGAGAUUUGAAAUCCAAGAAUAUCUUGGUAAAGAAGAAUGGAACUUGCUGUAUUGCAGACUUAGGACUGGCAGUGAGACAUGAUUCAGCCACAGAUACGAUAGAUAUUGCUCCAAAUCACAGAGUGGGAACAAAAAGGUACAUGGCCCCUGAAGUUCUAGAUGAUUCCAUAAAUAUGAAACACUUUGAAUCCUUCAAACGUGCUGACAUCUAUGCAAUGGGCUUAGUAUUCUGGGAAAUAGCUCGACGAUGUUCCAUUGGUGGAAUUCAUGAAGAUUACCAGCUGCCUUAUUAUGAUCUCGUACCUUCUGAUCCAUCAGUUGAAGAAAUGAGAAAAGUUGUUUGUGAACAGAAGUUAAGGCCAAAUAUUCCAAACAGAUGGCAGAGUUGUGAAGCCUUGAGAGUAAUGGCUAAAAUUAUGAGAGAAUGUUGGUAUGCCAAUGGAGCAGCAAGACUUACGGCUUUGCGUAUUAAGAAAACACUGUCACAACUCAGUCAACAGGAAGGCAUCAAAAUGUAGUUCUGCAGCUUUGCCUGAACUUUACUUUUCCUUCAGAUCUGCUCCUGGGUUUUAAUUUGGGAGGUCAAUUGUUCUACCUCACUGAGAGGGAAUAGAAGGAUAUUGCUUCCUUUUGCAACAGUGUAAUAAGGUCAACGGAAACUCCCCAGGAUUUCUUUGGACCCAGGGUCCUUUCUGUGCACUAUGAACACUUCUUUCCCAGGACAGUUACAAAAUGUUGUGUAGUCUACCUUUAUUUUUUAUUAACACAAAACUUGGGGGUUUUUUUGUAUUGUUUUUUUUUUGAAAAGAUGAUUGCUGGUCUUAACUUUAGGUUAACUCUGCUGUGCUGAAGAUCAUCUUUAAGGGUAAAGGAGCUGGAUUGUUGAGUUAUACAAAACAUUUCUUAUUUUUAAAGAAAGUGAUUUAUUAUUCCUGGUUAGUACAUUCUCAGAGGAUUCUGAACCACUAAAGAGUUUCCUUGAUUCAGACUUUGAAUGUACUGUUCUAUAAUUUUCAGGAUCUUAAAACUAACACUUAUAAAACUCUUAUCUUGAGUCUAAAAAUGACCUCAUAUAGUAGUGAGGAACAUAAUUUAUGCAAUUGUAUUUUGUAUACUAUUACUGUUCUUUCACAUAUCCAGAACAUUACAUGCCUUCAAAAUGGGAUUGUACUAUACCAGUAAGUGCCGCUUCUGUGUCUUUCUAAUGAAAAUGAGUAGAAUUGCUUACAGUCUGUGUGUCUUAAAAGCUGGAGUAUUUUAACUCAAAAAGUUUAUUUAUCUGGGUAACCCAGACAUUUUCUGUUUUGUUUUUUGGAAGGUUUUUUUGUAGUAUGUCAUUUGGUAUUCCAUUUUGAAAAUGCCUUUCUCCUACCCAAAUGUGCUUAAACCACUAAAGAAAUGAAGUGGCAUUAAUUGGUAAAUGUUAUUAUGGCCAUUUUUGAAUAUUCUCACAUCAAGUUUUUGCAUCUAAAUUGUGUUGUCUGUAAGUAUACCUUAAAAAAAAAAAAAACAAGUGGCACUGUAGAUGCUUAUAGUACUCUAAUAAUUUAAAACUUGUAGCAUACAGACUGAUUUUUCUAAAAGGGAAAAUUUGUCUAGCUGCUUGUGAAAAGUUGUAUGGCAUUCUGUAAGCCAUUUUUUCCUUUAUCUGUUCAAAGACAGUGUUAUUUUUUUAAGAAAUGAGUUACAUUUAAAAUUAGGGUAUGGUUAAUGUUAAAUAAUAGGCCUUUUUUCUAGGAAGGUAAAGGUAGUUAAUCAUUUGAGUAGAUAACAGGUGUGCAAAAGAGUCACAUUUGUUAUGUAGGAGUCUGUUCAGUGGACUUUCUGUCUUUGUAACUAAGGUUAGAGUUAGCGUGGUUCUGAGGUCUCACUACACUUUGAGGAAGGCAGCUUCUAAUUCAGUCUUUCCUUCUGUGUGCAGAUACUGCAACUGCUUAUUUACAUGGUUAGGUAAUAAGUUUAGUACACCCUUAACCUUUGGGAGAGUGGUAGCUAAAGAACGUUCUGGGUAUAGGUUCUCCAUUUAACAGAUGUUUUCAGUCAGAUUCAAUGUUUAAAGCCAACUCUUCCCAGUAAGUUGAAACUAGCUUAUAAUAACUGAUUUUUACUUCCAGUGCUUGAAGUCUUAGGGCUUUUCAGAGUUUUCAGAGUUCUCUUUAUCACUGUGAUCUUAUUCUGAUGGGAGAAAAACUAUCAUAGCAGUGAGGCAAGACAUUGACUUCAUAGUGCUAUCAAUUUCCAAAUGAAAGGGUCAAUUACCUUUAUAGUAUUUGGUCAAUAAGAGGUAGUGGCCAUUUACACUGACUGAGCUGCAUUCUGAUUAUGUCUUAUCUCUUAAACAUAGAAUAAAUUUGAAAGACUAUUUGGUCUUAAAGCCAAAGUAAUUUUAGAAUGAAUGACAUAUGCAUAGGAAUUUAGUGUCAGUUUCAUGUGUUUAAAAACAUCAUGGGGAAAAUGUGCUUAGAGGUUAAUAUUUUGACUCCAAAUUUGAGUUUUUUUCUGUAGUUACCAUGAUUUUGUCAAAGCAAAUGAAUGAGUUUGAGGGGUUUGUUUUAUAAUUAUGUUUUAUUUCCUGAUUAAUCUCUAGCUCUGUGAUUAGGUACUCCCCCCCGCCCCCCCCCCCGCCACUCUAAGCCUGCCAGAUCUGCUUUAUGAAAUCCAGGGGACCAAUGCUAAAACUAUUUUUAUAUAAUUUUGAGAACAUACCAAAAGUUCUUGUCUGAUCUAAAAUUGAGAUACAUGAUUUCUCACUCUCAUAUAAGGUAAUCAACUUUUACUAAAGAUAUUCUUUAUUAAAUCAAAGAUUGAAUUGUAAUUAUACUCUUCUUGUCUAAGUGGAUAAAAUGUACUUUUGGUGAGUCAGGGAACUUUUUUAAAAAAUUCGAGUUUAGUUCUAAAUUCAGUUUACAAAUUACUGCAGCAAAUUCCUUUUAUGGGUAAUGACAGUUUGAUAAACCCCGAUUAGUUAUUAUUGAAAAUCAAAGUCACUUAAAAAUGAAAUAGAUCAUGAUUACUAUGGCUGUAACUGCAGAUAUGUUUGACUAGAGUAUUAAUUUUGUCGUUUAGAUACACAAGCCUUUGUUUAUACUGCCCAUCUUCACAUGCUCACCUUUCAAAAUUAAACUUGGUUUAAAAUAUACCUUAAGACCAAUAACCUGUCCACAUCCAUUUCAUCAGUGCCACGGAGGAAUGGGGAUGAGGGAGGUAAGACCCCAUGGGGCACGGGUAUCCCUGGUCCUUCCUUCUUAACUUCAGCCUACAUUUCUCUCAGCCUGCCUUCCUGCUGGCCCCUGACUCAGAGACAGAUUGCCUUGCCACCACCCCAGCCAUCUCCCCUCAGCAGCCUUUUGAAUAGCUGUGGAACGUGCUUCCAUUUCCUUGAGUCACUGGAUGUUGCUGGGAGGGUUCUCUAAGUUUGGAGAUGGGGUGGAUGAUGGCCCUGCUGGCUGCUUUGUGACUUCGGCUAUGGCCAAGCAGUGGAAGGCAGCAAGGUCGCAGUUACGGCGGCAGGAGUUCAUUGUGCCCGAAGCAGGGGCACAGGGCGCCGUCAGAAGAGAGGAGCCUGUAGUUCUGCUAUAGUCAGAGGGCUCAAGAAGGGCCUCGAGUCCGCGCACAGUGACAUGGUUAGUGACGUCAGCAAUUGCACACUGCAGUUCUUCUUACAAAGUGGCCACUUGGCCAUUUCUGCAGCUCACACGUGAGCUCCCUUCAGUUCCCCCUGUACAUCUGAGAGCUGUCCCAUAUAGAAUAUUUUCUAAAACAAGAUGGCAUAGUGCCAACUAAAAUGCAGAACAAAAUCAGUAUCCUGUCGGACAUGUCCUGUCGACAUUUAUUUUUAUCCUUGCACUGAAAGAGUGAUUGUAAGUCAGCUUUCUUUUUGUUUCUUGACUGUGGCAGUGUUCUGGCUCCAAAUGAUGGAGAUUCCAAAUAAUGGUUCUGUUACAGCAUGGCAGGAAAUGCCAGUUCAGAUAUUUUUGAGAUGCUAAAGAAUGGGUCUGGACAUGUAAUCUGUAGCUCCUUGUGUCUACUUUGGAAUGCUAGACUACCCACAGGCCCUCUCUCUAGGAAUGCUGAAAUUCUAAGACCUUCUGAGGAUUGUCAGUACUCCUAAACUUGUCAGCACCAUUAUGCAAUCUUAUUUGUAACUGUAGACUUUAAAGAAUGUGUUUAAUAACAUUCAGCCUGUUUCUUAAAGCUUAAAAAAAGAACUUAAUUGAAUUUGUUUUUAUAUUUUGACAAGAUUUGUGAAUUGAAUAUCAUGAACCGUGUUUUGAUAUCCCUUUUUCACAUUGUGCCAAUGGAAUGGGGUGUUUGGUAUUUCUUUAUAUGUCAAGGAGAUGCUUCAAAAUGUCAAUUGCUUUAAACUUAAAUUACCUCUCAAGAGACCAAGGUACAUUUACCUCAUUGUAUAUAUAAUGUUUAAUAUUUGUCAGAGCAUUCUCCAGGUUUGCAGUUUUAUUUCUAUAAAGUAUGAGUGUUAUGUUGCUAAAUUACUCAAAUGGUACUGUAUUGUUUAUAUUUGUACCCCAAAUAACAUCUUCUAUAGUUUUUGUUCUCUGUAUUUUAUUGUAUUUGUGCAAAAUUCUUUUGGCUUUAUCAGUGUGAUUUCUGCCCUUUCAGAUGUGUACAGAAAAUAUCCAUAUAAAUUUUCAUUUAAAUUGAAUGAUUUUGAGAAACCUGUAAAGAGGAAAGAAAAACAAAAACUGCAGUUCCCCAUAAGUUUUUAAAGUUGUAUAUUGUAUUUGUAGUAAUAUUCUGAAUGAGUUGUAAAUAGGAAGUAGAAGAGCGAUGCUUAUGUCAAGUCCUAACACUACAGUAGAAAAAUGGAAGCAGUGCAAAUAAAUGACUUUUUUUCCCAAGUACAAGUGGCAUAAUUUAAAAUAAAGUGUGUAUAUUGGACCGA